AUGUUGACCCUUCGAUCCCUCCUCCUUUCCGCUGUGGCAGUCUCAGCCAUCCCAACUCCGGCUGAGAAGCGUCAAGCCCAGCCAUUCGCUGUGACUCUCCAGCAGCCUUGGAACGCCGGCGCCGUUACUGAGUUCAACAUCCACCAAAGCUGCAAUGCUUCCGAGCGAUACCAGCUUCAGAGAGGUCUGGACGAGGCUGUUCAGCUUGCAGAGCACGCGAAGGCACACAUUGCCCGCUGGGGAAACAACAGUGCCAUUUACCGCAAGUGGUUCGGCAACCGUCCCACGGUCGAGGCAUUGGGGAGCUAUGAUGUGAUUGUCAGCAGUGACAGGGCUGGUGCCUUGUUUCGCUGCGAUGAUCCCGACAGCAACUGCGCCAUGAACCCAAGCUGGGCCGGCCAUUGGCGAGGCGAGAACGCAACCUCAGAGACCGUGAUCUGCGAGCCGAGUUUUGCUACACGCCGCAUGCUCUCGCAGGUAUGCGCUCAAGGCYGGAAUGUACGAGAAGGUAGCCGCACCGCAUUCUGGGCCUCGGAUCUGAUCCACCGCCUUUACCACGUCCCAGCCUUCGGCCAGGAGUAUAUUGAACAUUUCGCCGACGGCUACGACGAGCUCGUUGGCAAUGCUACGCUCAACAGCGCAAACAUCACACACGACUCAGACGGACUCCAGUACUUUGCCUUGGACGUCUGGGCACACGACGUUAUCUUGCCUGGUGAGGGAUGUCCUGGACCGACGGGGCCGAUUGCUGCUGUAACGUCUGCCAUGUCUUCUGCAUCAAGCUCCACAACACCAACUCCAACUUCGUCCGAUGUUGCUACAAGCGCCGCUGCCACCACUGCUGAGGCAACUCCAACAGAAAGUGGCUUACCAGAUAACUGCCACUACCACGGCACUGACCUCCACUGUGUCUKAGUGUCGGCAACGGAAACCCGAUACCAUGUUCUUCCACACCCAGGACGCAAAUGA